AUGAACACGAAUCCUGGUCGCCGUCUCCAUCUGCCCUCCCCAUCUCGCCGGCGCAUCUGCCCUCCUAAUCUCACCGGCUCCUUGCUCGAUUUCUUCCCCAAGAUAGAUGUUCUGUUAUUGACCACUACACAAUCUAUGUUUGAAGUUCAAUUAAACGCUAGCAUGUUACAUGGUUUUUUUGUUCGUGGCAUUAUUGAAUACAACUUUAGAAUAAUUAGGGUUCUUCCUUUAGCCCGUGAGUUUUUGCAGCUGCUUCUUCGUGCUAAACUAAUGUUCUUUUAUUUUGAAGGUUUAUAUUAACAUAUAUUAAAGCAUGCAGCAAGCAUUCUAUGAAUCAAAGACUGAGAGAAUCACGAAGGGAAUGCACUCUCUCAACAGACGAGUUGAUGUAAGCAGAUUCCAAAGCUGUCAAGAUUAAACGGGAACUGUUAAGACUAAGUACCUCAGCAGCAGCCUCUUCAGUGAGAGAAGAGUUAAGUAGAAUAACAGUCCGUUUUAGAACAUUAUAUUAAUUAUAACAUUAUAUAAAUGUUGGUGCAUCUAUGCUAAUAAAUUCACGUUUUUAUGUUGUUUCUUUUACCUAGUUUGGGACAAUUGUGAGUUGAAUGUGGUAUUUGACAAA